CACAUCUCAUCUUGUCUGAAGGAAAAAGCCCCUUCAGUCUGAGUCCUUCAGUCUGCUCUGACUUGGUUGUGUCAGACAUUUAGGAUGACCCAUCAGUUUCCUCCUCUCACCACUGAGCAAAAGAAGGAGCUACAUGAGAUAGCUCUACGCAUAGUGUCACCAGGGAAAGGCAUCCUAGCUGCAGAUGAGUCCAUAGGCAGCAUGGGGAAGCGUUUGAACCAGAUAGGAGUAGAGAACAACGAGGAGAACCGCCGUCUCUACCGACAGGUGCUCUUCACUGCUGAUGACCGCAUUGAUAACUGCAUCGGCGGAGUGAUCUUCUUCCACGAAACACUCUACCAGAACUCUGAUGAUGGCGUCCCAUUCGUCAAGAUGAUAAAGGACAAGGGUAUCACUAUCGGAAUCAAGGUUGACAAAGGUGUAGUCCCCAUGCCAGGGACUAAUGGAGAAACCACUACACAAGGUCUGGAUGGGCUCUCAGAACGCUGCGCUCAGUAUAAAAAGGAUGGAGCUGACUUUGCGAAGUGGCGUUGUGUGAUGAAAAUCAGUGAUACCACCCCAUCAAAGCUGUGCAUUAAAGAAAAUGCUAAAGUCCUUGCUCGCUAUGCUAGUAUUUGUCAGCAGCAUGGGAUUGUGCCCAUAGUGGAACCUGAGAUCCUACCUGAUGGAGACCAUGAUUUGAAGCGUUGCCAAUUUGUUACAGAGAGGGUACUUGCAGAAGUCUACAAAGCCAUGUUUGAUCAUCAUGUGUAUCUGGAAGGCACACUACUCAAACCCAACAUGGUGACCCCUGGACACGGCUGCCCAACCAAAUACAGUGCAGAGGAGGUUGCCAUGGCAACAGUCACUGCUCUGCGGCGUACUGUCCCACCCGCAGUGACAGGGGUGACCUUUCUCUCUGGAGGUCAAAGUGAGGAGGAUGCCUCCAUUAACCUAAAUGCCAUCAAUAACUGUCCACUGGUGAAACCCUGGGCUCUCACCUUCUCAUUCGGCCGAGCUCUUCAGGCCUCAGCUCUGAAGAUCUGGCGUGGACAGAGAGAGAAUGAAGCCACCGCAACUGAGGAAUUCAUCAAACGAGCAGAGAUCAACAGUCUGGCCUCUCAAGGGAAGUAUACGUUUUGUGGUGACAGCAGCGGAGCCACUGGUCUUUCCCAUUACCUUUCCAGCUACGCAUAUUGAAAUGCCGCUUAUUCCCAUAAUCCAGCAUUAGCUGAAAGCUAGCAGACUUCACUGCCACUUCCAUAUAAAACACUUAAACAUGGGUAGAUUAUUUACUCCUAAAUGUGAUGUUGAUAUACAAUAAAACAGCACAUGAAAGUGAUUGCUAAGUAACCCGUCUGCAAGGUGUCUGUUAAAGAUCGCUUCAUCUGGAAAGCAUCUGCUGUGUACAAACA